AUGGACCAGAUGGCAGAUGAAAUGAUGCUGACAACCGAUGUGAAAGAUGAAGGGAUAGUGCAUGCUGCCGAGGAGAGCUCUACGUGGGUGAGAGGAGAAAGGACACAAAAUGAGGCUAAAGUCAGCAGCUGGAGAAUUGGCAUCUCUGAAGAAACCGAGCCAGGGGAGACCAGCAGAGAUGAUGAUGAUGCACAGCAACCCAAAGAGUGUGACAACUCUCACUCCCCUUUGUUCUCUUUGAAAAUGUAUCUGAGGAGAUCUUUCUCCGCAGCAUCCUCCACCACAGACUCUCUGUCUCCUUCUCAGCAGAGCAUUGACUGUGCAGGAAUUGUCCUGAACUGUCUCUUCUGCCGGUUCUACGACAUGAUGCUCAUGCUACCUGCUUCCUGUGAGAGAGUAGCCAAUCACUGCUGCCCCAACUACAAACAAGUCAUGACCACACCAGAGGCGACACUCAGCAGUAAUGAUGACCCCUGCGCUGACUUGGACUGUGGCCUGUUCAAUUCCUGUCACGAUGCUGGGGACUGUUUGGAGCUGGCUAUGGAGAUUUCAGAGUUAUGCUAUCACUAG